GUUGAAACAAAUCACAGACUUCACAAUGGCUCCGACAGUGACCGCUUUAUCUCCACCCGCGGGAUCCGACAUCAACUUCGGUGCCAUCGUCGACAAUGUCGAUGUUGAGAACCUCACCGAGGAAACAUUCAACACAAUCCACGAUGCACUCUACAAGAACCUCGUGGUGGUAAUCAAAAACCAACACCACGUGUCUCCAAAAGCACAAUACGAGCUCACGCAGCGCUUCGACCCAUCCUCCUCUCAAUACGGCCAUGGGAAGACCCUCGACGCAAAGCGUAGCAUCCUGCACCCGGAUCUCAAGACAGUGCCGCAUCAGCCCCAGGUGCAGGUGAUCGGUCACGGACACAUCGACUCCUACGAGGGCCUUACUAACAUUCAAUUGAAACACCCUCAUCACCGAACUUUCCACCGGGACGCCAUCCCCGACGAAGAGGAUCACGACUUCACGCGCUUCUAUCGCUGGCACAUCGACGCGGCGCUGUACGGGUUCUACCCACCGAAAGUGACGACUCUCCUCGCCGUCAAGGUACCCAAGGGUCGACGCCAGACUCUCCGGUAUGACGAUGGCUCGGACGAGACGCUGGACGUGCCCCUCGGCACGACGGCAUUCGUCAGCGGAGAGAGAAUGUUCGAGCUUCUCUCCGACGAAGACAAGCAGUUUGCCUUGAGUAGCAAGAUCGAAUAUGCACCUCAUCCAUACAUCUGGAUGAGCCCCGCUCGCGCCCUCCCCACAGGACUCGGCCUAUACUCCGAGAGCAAAGAACUCCCACUCUCCGACCUGCCACCCAUUGAAGAAUCCAAGAUCCAAGUGCUCCCCAUGGUCUGGAAGAACCCCCUAACCGGGAACCCAGCACUACAAAUCCACCCCUCGGCGGUGCGCAAGAUCCACUGCGCCGACGGCACGGUGAUCGACGAUUUGACGCGGGUGCGGGAGACCGUGUACAAGCUGCAACGGCCGGCGAUCAAGCCGCAGUACGUGUACCCGCACGACUGGGAGGAGGGAGACCUGGUGAUUUUCCAUAACCGCGGGCUUUUGCAUUCGGUGGUGGGGGCGUUUGGAGAGGACGAGGUGCGGUUGUUCAGGCAGUGUAAUUUGGCGGCGGGGGAGGCGCCGCUGGAAUAUAAAUAGAUGGGGUUCUGUCUUGGGAUUGGGAUAGAUAUAGAUACUUAGAACUUAGAUGCUAUAGAGGU